AUGGCCAUGGAAGCUCAAACAGCAAUCAAAGUAGUCGCCCUCUGCGGUUCUCUCCGUAAAGCUUCCUACAAUCGUGGCCUCCUCCGUGCCGCAAUGGAGUUAUCGAAGACCAUAAAGGGUAUGGAAAUAGAGUACGUGGACAUUUCCCCUUUACCAUUUCUCAACACGGAUCUCGAGGUAGAUGGGACUUACCCUCCUGUCGUGGAGGCUUUCCGGCAGAAAAUUCUUGCAGCUGAUAGUGUGCUCUUUGGUUCACCGGAGUACAAUUACUCCGUCACUGGACCUCUGAAAAAUGCAGUUGAUUGGGCAUCUAGACCUCCAAAUGUUUGGGCUGACAAAACCGCUGCAAUAUUGAGCGCGGGAGGAGGCUUUGGUGGGGGACGAUCACAAUAUCAUCUCCGCCAGAUUGGAGUUUACCUUGAUCUUCAUUUCAUUAAUAAGCCUGAGUUUUUCCUUCAAGCAUUCCAACCUCCUGCAAAGUUUGAUAGUGAUGGCAACUUGAUUGAUGCUGCUGCUAAGGAGAGGAUCAAUGCGGUUCUUUUAGCUUUACACGCAUUUACAUUGCGACUUCAAGGCAAGUGUGAAUAG